CCAGAUGCAAACACCGACAGCCGUUUAUUUGGCCUUUUAUCAAGAGUUUUAGAGUUGGUCGUCUGCGUUUGUUGUCAUCAUCCUGAUGAUCUUCACUUCUGCGCGCGCCACCCCGCCCUCAGGAGCGCUGGACCAGAGAGAGACGCACGAGGAGGGGAGAACAGGCUGCUGUGGCGAGCCUCACAUUGACAAUUCAAACUGCUUAGACGAACUUAAAGACAGACUGUAGUUGGAAAUAGUUGGUCCGGAGAAUCAUCUACAUGCGCAUUAUUUCGCUUGCUUCCUCUGUAGCCUUGUUUUCUGAUUUAUUACUUCACGUUUAAGAAGCAUUUAUGGUAAUAUGCUUCACUUGAUUGAGGUCAGUCUGGGCUUUUUCUGCAAAGUGCUGGCAGGUCUUUGACAGUGUUGUUGGAGUUAGUGCAUGUGUGAUUACUUCGCUGAUUACCUCUCACAUCUGACUCUUAACAAUGAUCGCUGAAGGUCACGUUUCAGUGCGACGCACAAAUAUUGUGCAUCUGUUCUUUUGCGACCGUGACUUGAUUUACAGAUAACUUUUAAUAUCGGAAGUUACUAAACAGCUAGUCUGACAAACAGCAGGGAUGAUAUUUACGCAUGUGUUUUGACCGGUAGACUAGUUUUAGUCCACUUUAUACCCACUAUGACUUGGUCAAAACUUUACUUUGCGCUCCUGAAGACGAUCUAGUAGAAAGUGUCAAAUCAUAUGUAGUUGAAUCGUGCCAGAUUGCAAAUGUUAGGAAGUCCGUCCAACAACGGCGGCAUCAGAAUGCUGGUGCCCCCGGAUCCGAACGACGACAGGCGGGUAGAGUUUGUGGCUCUCACCGCUGUCCACACGGAGAGAAGCGAGCCCUCCAGCCCGGAACGCGGACACCCGUCUCACCGCACCGGUCUGCUGGGGACCCCACUGCCCGGGCCACCCGGACCCCGGGGCAACUCGUCCUCUCCAAACAAGCGCUUCAGGAAGUUGCAAAACUGCCUGUACAACGUGCUGGAAAGACCAAGAGGAUGGGCGUUCAUCUACCAUGCCUUUAUUUUCCUGCUGGUGUUCAGCUGUUUGGUGCUGUCGGUGUUCUCCACCAUUCCCGAACACCAGAAGUUUGCCAACAAAGGCCUGUUCAUCCUGGAGUUUGUGAUGAUCGUGGUGUUUGGGUUGGAGUACUUCAUCAGGAUCUGGGCGGCUGGCUGUUGCUGCAGAUACCGUGGAUGGCAGGGACGGCUGAGAUUUGCCAGGAAGCCCUUCUGUGUCAUAGAUUUCAUAGUAUUUGUGGCAUCGUUGGCGGUGAUAGCAGCGGGGACGCAGGGCAACAUCUUUGCUACGUCAGCCCUGCGCAGCAUGCGCUUCCUGCAGAUUUUGCGUAUGGUCCGUAUGGACCGCAGGGGAGGCACCUGGAAACUACUGGGCUCAGUGGUUUACGCUCACAGCAAGGAGUUGAUUACAGCUUGGUACAUAGGUUUCCUGGUCCUGAUCUUUGCUUCCUUCCUCGUCUACCUGGCAGAGAAAGACAUCAACUCAGACUUCAACACCUACGCAGACUCCCUCUGGUGGGGCACUAUUACUCUAACCACUAUCGGCUACGGUGACAAGACCCCUCGUACCUGGCAGGGUCGGCUCCUGGCUGCUGGCUUCGCUCUUCUGGGAGUCUCCUUCUUUGCCCUGCCUGCUGGCAUUCUGGGGUCCGGCUUUGCCUUGAAGGUUCAGGAGCAGCACCGGCAGAAGCACUUUGAGAAGAGGAGGAUGCCUGCUGCUAACCUGAUACAGGCCGCGUGGCGUCUCUACUCUACAGAUGCCAAACACUCCUAUCUGACAGCCACAUGGUACUUCUAUGACAGCAUGUUGCCUUCAUUCAGAGAACUGACGCUACUGUUCAGUCACCUCCAUCGGCCGCGUAAGACCAAGAAGGUUCUCCAGAACUCCUACCACACGCUGCUGUCUGGGCUGCGGCCCUACAGCCCCCCCUACCUGUCAGGGGACAGCAGUAAAAUGGGAUUUCGGGAUCGGAUCAGGAUGAACAAUUCCCGAUCAUCCCAAUCCAUUAAGAACAAGGCGUCACCGAUGCCCCCGGGCUCCGGUGUCCGCCAUUCACCCAGCCAGGAGAACGUUGCCGAGGCGACGAGCCCUGGGAAGGUCCAGAAGAGCUGGAGCUUUAAUGAUCGCACACGCUUUCGCACCUCUCUUCGCCUCAAACCCCGUCCUCCUGUUGAUGUAGAAGGGGUCGGGGAGGACAGUGUGGAAGACAAACCAUAUUGUGAUGUUGCCAUGGAGGAUGUAAUCCCAGCAGUGAAGACACUAAUACGGGCUGUCAGGAUAUUGAAAUUUCUUGUGGCCAAGAGGAAGUUUAAGGAGACGCUGCGUCCGUACGAUGUGAAGGACGUCAUUGAGCAGUACUCUGCAGGGCACCUGGAUAUGCUGGGCCGUAUCAAGAGCCUGCAGAUGAGGGUGGACCAGAUAAUUGGGCGAGGAGCCGUCCAGCCCGAUAAGAAAGCACGCUCUGAAAAGGGAGAGAAAACACCGCCAGAACUGGACCCACUGGAUGAGCUGAGCAUGAUGGGACGUGUUGUCAAAGUGGAGAAACAGGUACAAUCUAUAGAGAACAAGCUGGACCUCCUGCUCAGCUUCUACUCGCAGUGCCUAAAGAAAGGCUCGUCCCACUUCACCCUGUCCACCCUCCUGGACCCCGACCUGACAUCUGACUACCAGAGCCCCACGGACCAAAAAGACCUCUUCCCCUCUGCCAACACGCUCAACAUCUCCGAGAGUGGCAACCUGGAAUGACAGUGAGCCGAGCAGUCUCCGGGCUGUCCCAACACAGACUCAAAAAACCCUUUACACAACGUCUUCCUUCGGCUGGGUCCUAAAUGUCUUCCAUCAUUUCAUAUCUGUCUGGGAUGAUUUUUACCCUUUCAUCUCAAACCUCCCCCCUCACCUCUUUUUCCUGAAGUGAAUGUGUUUUCCAGAGCGGAUACAGACGGAGGCCAGCAGAUGGCUCCACCUGAACAGGACACCCACUACAUGAGGAUGCCGAUGAAGAGAAGGCACAUUAACAAAUAUGACUUGAAUAAUGAACCACUUUCACUCACUUCAUGCUAUAUAUCCAUGCCUCCUUUAAAGCUGUUAACUGUAGAUAGUCAGAAUUUGAAUUUUUGUAUAUUUGGAGAAAUCUUGUCCCCUCUCAUCGCACAUUUUUGUUUCCUUGGCUGCUUGAAUCAACUGACUGAGAGUUUGCUGACUAAGUUGACGUAACCAGUGCCAUGCUUGUCAUUUGUUCUGUACCAUAGCAUGGCUGUGAUGAAUGUAAUGAGUCCCGACUACACAUAUCCCAGCACCAGACAAACAGUACAGGAGCCAUUGACACUAAAAUAAUUUGACCUUUGGACCUUGCUCAACAGCCCCCCUGCCAAAGCACCGAACCUCCGCGGUACACCUUCCUAACCCUCAACGAGAUUUAAAUGUGUAAAUCCUGCUUUAAAUACCCAUAAUGUUAUGUGAAAACAGAGCUGGAGGAAUGAGUCGGAGUGAGUGAUGUGUACUUUACAUUGUUGUUUGUUUUCAUCUUCAUUCCCUCUCGCAGAUGUUACGUCUCUAUCAAGCCCAAUUGCAAAAAAAAAUUCCUGAGACAUUAUUCCCUGUUUGGCUGGCAUUCAAGUGAGGAAUGUUCCUACCUAGUUAAGAUUGUGUAGAGCCAACAUGUCCUUUAACUGGUCUGAAAUCCCCCCCUUUCAAUGUAUCAAAGGCGACUGUCCCCUCGUCUUUUUAUCAUGUCCUUUAAACGUCUCUGUCUUGCAGCCCACCCCCAGACAUGCAUGUUACUGUAGAUAAAACCUCCCUGACCCUCGGUCUGAAUUUAGACAUUUAUAAAAAAUGUCGGCACUGCUCCUCAUCAAUCACAUAUAGCCUCAGGUCAGGUUUAGUAUUUCAGCUGAUUCUCUUAUAUUACAGGAGGGUAAGUCUCACUCCUACAGCCAUCAGACGGCAUCUGAUCUCUGCAGUCAGCAGCUGUGGGGAUGAUGUAAACUACUUUCUGGCCAGUUUUAAACAAAGAACCACCUGUAAGGCAUCCGGAGUCUAACGCAUGAAUUCCAGGCCAUUAUCCUCAUGAAUGCACGUGUCUUAGGAAAUGGUUCCAGCCUUACAGCUUCAAUACAGACAGACAGGGUGCAGGUUAGACACACAUAGGUGUUACUGGCUGUUUACUCCCUUCUGUCUUUUCUGUUUUCUUUCUUGGAGAUGUUUGAUGCACAGUUAACGCUCUGUGCUUGUGGGCAAAACUGGAGUGCACAAAUGCACAAACAUACACACACACACACACACACACACACACACACACACACACACACACACACACACACACACACACACACACACACACACACACACACACACACACACACACACACACACACACACUCACACACACACACACGCAAAGAAAGCUAUUCCUUUACUUAAAUACUUUGGCACUUGAUGAAUACAACACCUUUUUGUCUUUUUAUCUUUGUGUUUGAUUUCUUUACUGUAAUUAUGUUCAUGCACUCGAUUUUGUGUAACCCAUAUGGCAAAAUGUUAUGUUUUUUUAAAAAUGAUUUUGGUUGUUAAAGUGAAUGUAGGAUUUAAAUUAAUAUAUUUAAUUGAGUUAGAUAUGAUCUUCAAAUAAAUGUAGAUUUUUUUUCUGUCAAGUUGAAUCAUGGAUGACACAACUGUAACUAAAGACAACGGUUCAGGUUCACACUCACCAAUUGCAGAGCUCAUAAUGUAUAUUUUUUAAAACGUCAUCAGAUAAUUGCUGCCAGCCUCGACUAAGAAAACAUUUACCAUAUUGUAUUUGGCCAGUGGACACAGUUCUUCUGUCCCUUCAUUUAUUUGUUCCAGUCAAACCAGUUGACUCAGGUGCUCCACUUUUCCAUCCAAGUCAAGCUCAGACUUCAAACAGUGAAUGUAUUUCAUUGGUCUAAUGGCACUUCAGAGCUUGCAGUGUGCAUCAUACACAUAUUUUGCAUUCAUUUUGUAGAAAAAUACGAGGUCUCUUAGUACUUUGGCCUAAACUAUAGUAAGGAAUUAUUAGGGGCAUUAAAAGUGCUUUCACUUCAUUGUCACCUGGAGUGUUGAGCUUCAUGAAAAUGUGAGAUCACUGUAUUGCAUGUUGUUGUUUCGUGGUGGCCCCAGUAUUAGAAAAAAAGGAAACGAUAAGGAUGUCUCCCGUUAAGUCAUGAGUCAAGACAUAAAAAGGAAAUGUGACCUGUGCCUUCUAUGUCCUUGUUCUGUAACUGAUGGAGCGGCUUUCUGUUUCAAAUUUAAACAUUAAUGCUGCUUAACAAAGUAUUUUAGAUAAUAGAUUUAAAGAAACACUAUCAAAAUUGUUCUUAAUAUGUACUUUUUAGGGUAUUAGUCUUUUAUGACUGCUGCAACCUUUGAUAUUUUCUGAGAAUAUUACUGUGCGUUUAGCAUAUCAGUGUAACUCCAGCAGAACUUCGGAGCAUAGACACCCUUACUGUACGUUAUCAGCAGUCAGACCUGCAGAAAUGGACAUUUGUAUGGUCACAGGAAACUCAGCAGGCAUGAUCCGAUCAUAAGCAUGUCACAUAGAGAAGUAUGGCUUCCACACAACUACCUCUGAAGCCACUAGGGGGCGCUAGUCUAGGAAACCAAGUAUGAGAGAAAGUCGAGAUUGUCUAGCUGACUGAAUGCUAUGCAUGACCCAAUCUGCACGUUCUCUUCUUCACUCUGUUCUCCUUCUUCAUGACGCGCGACCAUCCAUCUUUCACUGACUUGCUGCCAUUUGACAUUCCAGCUCGCUGCCCUUUAACUGCUCUCUUAGGAAUUGGAAGUGUUGUUCAAAUGAAACCGAUCAAAGCAAUAAGCAAAAAUGCUAAAGCCAACAAAGUCUUCCGAUUCAAAUUGAUGUAGCUACUGGUUGAUGAAAUAUGGCGCUUUUCUUAUUUUUUAAUCUAGUGCACACCUCUAUUUGAUCUUUUAAAGAGAUACAAAAAGUGUAUCUGCUGAGGAUAGAAUUAGCUCACUUGACUAACUUAUUAAUUUAUUUGUUUCAAUAAAGCUCUUUGGACUGUA